AGAGCAGUCCUUUGUUCUUAUCAACAUCUCACAGCCUGUGAAGCUCUCAGUGUGCCUCUGUCCUUUGCCACAAACAUGAGGCUCAAAUUCCCUCUCAUGGCCAUAGUCCUGGAAAUUGCCAUGAUUGUUUUAUUUGCAUUAUUUGUUGAGUAUGAAAUGGACCAGACUACUCCCCAGCAGGUCAACAUCACCACCUCAACAGACAUGGGCAAAUUCCUUGAGUUAUAUCCUCUGUUCCAAGAUGUACAUGUUAUGAUAUUUGUUGGGUUUGGCUUCCUCAUGACCUUCCUGAAGAAAUAUGGCUUCAGCAGUGUGGGUAUCAACCUACUCAUUGCUGCUUUGGGCCUCCAGUGGGGCACUGUUGUACAGGGAAUCCUGCAUAGCCAGGGACAGAAAAUUACCAUUGGAAUCAAAAACAUGAUAAAUGCAGACUUCAGUACAGCCACAGUUCUGAUAUCUUUUGGAGCUGUCCUGGGAAAAACGAGCCCCACCCAAAUGCUGAUCAUGACAAUUAUAGAAAUUGCUGUAUUUGCUGGCAAUGAAUAUCUGGUUGGUGAAAUAUUUAAGGCCUCUGACAUCGGAGCAUCAAUGACGAUCCAUGCCUUUGGGGCCUACUUUGGCUUGGCUGUAGCAGGCAUCUUGUAUCGAUCUGCACUGAGAAGGGGGCAUAAAAAUGAAGAGUCCACUUACUACUCAGACUUGUUUGCAAUGAUUGGGACUCUCUUUCUAUGGAUGUUUUGGCCCAGCUUUAACUCGGCCAUUGCUGAACCUGGAGACAAACAGUCCAGGGCCAUUGUAAACACAUACUUCUCUCUCGUUGCCUGUGUGGUCACAGCCUUUGCCUUCUCCAGCCUAGUGGAGCGCCGAGGCAAGCUCAACAUGGUAAGUGCCGCCUUAGCCCUCAUGGAAAUUUCACUUCACGACACUGACAGUUGCUCAGAUAAUUCUAUACAUUUAACAAAAUAAUCAACUUUCCUCCUUUUACAAUUUUAGCCACUUUUUACUACUAAACUGGGGAUCCAUGAUACUUGUGGGGUCCAUAACCUCCACGGCUUACCUGGUGUAGUGGGAGGCCUUGCAGGCAUUGCGGCAGUAGCAUUGGGCGCCUCCAACACGUCUGUGGCUAUGCAGGCAGCUGCACUGUGUUCCUCUAUCGGAACAGCAGUUGUUGGAGGUCUGAUUACAGGUUUAAUUCUAAAGUUGCCUUUUUGGGGACAGCCAUCUGACCAGGACUGCUAUGAUGAUUCUGUUUAUUGGGAGGUGCCUAUAUUGAGAGAACCUGACUAUCGCUUCCAUGGACAUGGUGACCACAGCCAGCUGGAACCUGAAGUCUAAACACCAUUCCUGCUCUCCAGCUUCCUUUCCCAUUAUCAAGAAUCAAGUCCAAAAAAAAAAAAAAAAAAAAAAGGCAGUAACCAAAGAGAGUAUGGACCAGAGUGAAUAGAUCUUAAGUCUCAAAUGGCCAGUGUAAAGAUGUCCUUAUGUCUGAUGCUGUCUCUUGCUCUUCAAUGACUAAUUGAGGGGAUGUGACUCAUAAAACAGAUAAUCGAAUAGAUCUUCUCCAGGACUCCCAAAAUGCUUUUGGCAGUGAGUAAAUACAGAGUAAACAUGUCAGUUUCUUAAUGUAGACACUAUGUCUUCCAUUCCCAAAAUUAUAAAACUGAAACCCGUGAAGCAAGAAUAGAUGUGAGAAAUCUAUGUAAAAAACAAAUUAAAGAAAUGCAUGUGUGUAAAGUAGUAAUAUGAUGAUUUUAGGUAGUGCUUUUUAUUUUAAAAAUGGUCUAGUUAGUAAUGUUGUAUCCUUGCCUGAAUAUUAUUCUGAAUUCCUUUUGCAUGUUUACUAUUUGCAAUGAGCUCAAAUGCUAUCUGAUCAAAGUCUAUUUUGUAUAAAAUGUCCAAUAAUUAAAUAUUGUUAUAAAAUAAAA